GGGGUCAUUUGGACUGUGCGCCUCGUGGAGUACCUCGUCAACGUCUCCUCCUCCAAACACUUUCACUCUCCAAACCCUGAGCUGCCCUGAAAACACCUUUCUUCACCUUCUCUGGCCCUCCACCUCAAGCCACGAUGUCCACCAAGGCCCCGACCGAGGACGAGAAGUUCCUCUUUGUGGACAAAGACUUUCUGAACAGCCCCAUGGCUCAAGCCGACUGGGCCGCCAAGAAGCUGGUGUGGAUCCCGUCCGAGAGGCACGGCUUCGAGGCCGCCAGCAUCAAGGAGGAGCACGGCGACGAGGUGCUGGUGGAGCUGGCCGACAACGCCAAGAAGGUGACCGUCAACAAGGACGACAUCCAGAAGAUGAACCCGCCCAAGUUCAGCAAGGUGGAGGACAUGGCCGAGCUCACCUGCCUGAACGAGGCCUCGGUGCUGCACAAUAUCCGCGAGAGGUACUUCUCCGGGCUUAUUUAUACGUACUCCGGCCUCUUCUGUGUGGUGGUCAAUCCCUACAAAAUGCUGCCCAUCUACUCAGAGAAGAUCAUUGACAUGUACAAAGGGAAGAAGCGACACGAAGUCCCUCCUCAUAUCUACUCCAUUGCUGAUAACGCCUACAGAAACAUGAUGCAGGACCGUGAGGAUCAGUCUAUUCUCUGCACUGGAGAAUCUGGUGCCGGAAAGACGGAAAACACCAAAAAGGUCAUCCAGUACCUGGCUGUCGUGGCCUCCUCACACAAAGGCAAGAAGGACAGCAGUGUGGGAGAGCUGGAGAAGCAGCUCCUGCAGGCCAAUCCCAUCCUGGAGGCCUUCGGAAACGCUAAAACCAUCAAAAACGACAACUCCUCACGAUUUGGAAAAUUCAUCCGGAUUAACUUUGAUGUGACCGGCUACAUUGUUGGAGCCAACAUUGAGACUUACCUGUUGGAGAAGUCCCGCUGUAUCCGACAGGCGAAGACAGAAAGAGCUUUUCACAUUUUCUACUACAUGAUCGCUGGAGCCAGAGACAAACUGCGAGAGGACCUUCUCCUGGAGCCGUUCAGUAACUACCGCUUCCUGAGCGCAGGCCACGUUCAGAUCCCGGCCCAGCAGGACGACGAGCUGUACGACGAGACCAUGGAGGCCAUGAACAUCAUGGGCUUCACCGAGGAAGAGAGAAUCGAUAUCCUGAAGGUGUGUUCCACAGUCAUGCAGCUGGGAAACAUCGAGUUCAAGAAAGAGAGGAACCAGGAGCAGGCCACCAUGCCAGACAACACAGCGGCCCAGAAGGUGUGUCACCUGCAGGGCAUCAACGUGACGGACUUCACCCGGGCCAUCCUCACCCCUCGCAUCAAAGUGGGCAGAGAAGUGGUGCAGAAGGCACAGACCAAAGAGCAGGCUGAUUUCGCCAUUGAAGCUUUGGCGAAGGCCAUAUUCGAGCGUCUGUUUCGCUGGAUCCUGGGCCGGGUCAACAAAGCUCUGGACAAGACCAAACGCCAGGGAGCCUCCUUCCUGGGAAUCCUCGACAUCGCCGGCUUUGAGAUCUUUGAGGAUAACUCCUUCGAGCAGCUGUGCAUCAACUACACCAACGAGAAGCUGCAGCAGCUCUUCAACCACACCAUGUUCAUCCUGGAGCAGGAGGAGUACCAGAGGGAAGGCAUCGAGUGGAACUUCAUCGACUUCGGCCUCGACCUGCAGCCCUGCAUCGAGCUCAUCGAGAGGCCGAACAACCCUCCGGGCGUCCUGGCGCUGCUGGAUGAGGAGUGCUGGUUCCCCAAAGCUACAGACGUCUCCUUUGUGGAGAAACUCAUGAACACACAAGGGAACCACAUCAAGUUCGCCAAAACGAAGCAGCUGAAAGACAAAACCGAGUUCUCCAUUCUUCACUACGCCGGAAGGGUAGACUACAACGCCACCGCCUGGCUGACCAAGAACAUGGACCCUCUGAACGACAACGUCACAGCGCUGCUCAACAACUCCUCCAGCCAGUUUGUGCAAGAUCUCUGGAAAGAUGCGGACAGAGUGGUGGGUCUGGACACCAUCGCCAAGAUGUCAGACAGCUCCAGCUCGGGCGGCUCCAAGACCAAGAAGGGCAUGUUUCGCACGGUGGGGCAACUCUACAAGGAGUCUCUGGCCAAACUCAUGACCACACUGCACAACACCCAGCCCAACUUCGUCCGCUGCAUCAUCCCCAACCACGAGAAGAGGGCGGGGAAGCUGGACGCUCACUUGGUCCUGGAGCAGCUGAGGUGUAACGGCGUGCUGGAGGGAAUCCGAAUCUGUCGGCAGGGUUUUCCAAACAGAAUCGUCUUCCAGGAGUUUCGCCAGCGUUAUGAGAUCUUGGCUGCGAGCGCGAUUCCCAAAGGUUUCAUGGACGGCAAACAAGCCUGCUGCAUCAUGAUCAAACAUCUGGACCUGGAUCCAAACCUGUACAGGAUUGGACAGAGUAAAAUCUUCUUCCGCACGGGAGUGCUGGCCCAGCUAGAGGAGGAGAGAGACCUGAAGAUCACCGUCAUCAUCAUCGCCUUCCAGGCCCAGGCCAGAGGCUUCCUGGCCAGAAAGGCAUUUGCUAAGAGGCAACAGCAGCUGACGGCCAUGAAGGUGAUCCAGAGGAACUGUGCCGCUUACCUCAAACUCAGGAACUGGCAGUGGUGGAGACUCUUCACCAAGGUCAAACCUCUGCUGCAAGUGACCCGACAGGAAGAGGAGAUGAGUCUGAAGGAGGAGGAGCUGGUGAAAGCCAAAGAAACUGCCAUAAAGUAUGAGUCAGAGCUGAAAGAAAUCACCUUGAAACACACAUCGAUCGUGGAGGAGAGGAACGCGCUGCAGGAGCAGCUCCAGGCAGAGACGGAGCUGUACGCCGAGGCGGAGGAGAUGAGGGUCCGCCUGGCGGCGAAGAAGCAGGAGCUGGAGGAGAUCCUCCAUGAGAUGGAGGCCCGGCUGGACGAGGAAGAGGAACGCGCUCAGGCGCUGCUGGUGGACAAGAAGAAGAUGCAGCAGCAGAUGCAGGAAUUGGAGGAACAUUUGGAGGAGGAAGAAGACGCCCGUCAGAAGCUGCAGCUGGAGAAGGUUACCUGCGACGCAAAGAUCAAAAAGAUGGAGGAUGACAUUCUGGUCAUGGAAGACCAGAACAACAAGCUGCUGAAGGAGCGGAAACUGAUGGAGGAGAGAAUUGCAGACUACAGUACCAACCUGGCAGAGGAAGAGGAGAAAUCAAAGAACCUCACUAAGCUGAAAAACAAGCACGAGUCCAUGAUCUCCGAGUUGGAAGUCCGCUUGAAGAAAGAGGAGAAAGGUCGGCAGGAGCUGGACAAGGCCAAGCGCAAGCUGGACGCGGAGUGCAACGACCUCCACGAGCAGAUCAACGACCUUCAGUCCCAGAUUGCCGACCUCAAAGCUCAGCUCGCCAAGAAAGAGGAGGAACUCCAAAACGCUUUGUCCAGGUUAGAAGAUGAGACGGCUCAGAAAAACAACGCUCUGAAAAAGAUCCGAGAGCUGGAGGGACACAUCUCCGACCUGCAGGAAGACCUCGACUCCGAGCGGGCGGCCAGGAAUAAAGCUGAGAAGAUCAAGCGGGACCUCGGCGAGGAGCUGGAAGCCCUCAAGUCCGAGCUGGAGGACACCCUGGACACCACAGCCACACAGCAGGAGCUCCGGGCAAAACGUGAGCAGGAGGUGACUCUGCUGAAGAGAGCCAUGGAGGAGGAGAACCGGACCCACGAGGCUCAGAUACAUGAGAUGAGACAGAAGCACACGCAGGCGGUGGAGGAGCUGACCGAGCAGCUGGAGCAGUCCAAACGAGUGAAGUCCAACCUGGAGAAGGCAAAGCAAGCUCUGGAGAAGGAAACGUCGGAAUUAACCAUGGAGGUGCGCUCGCUGGCACAGGCGAAGCAGGACGGGGAGAACAAGAGGAGGAAGCUGGAGGGUCAGGUGGCGGAUCUGACGUCGCGCCUGGGCGACAGCGACAAGCAGAAGGCCGAGCUGGGAGAGCGCUGCUCGAAGAUCACCAUUGAACUGGAGAGUGUCACAAACUUACUGAAUGAAGCUGAAGGCAAAAACAUCAAACUGAGCAAAGACGUGUCCAGCCUCUCCUCUCAGCUCCAGGACACUCAGGAGCUGCUCACCGAGGAGACGCGUCAGAAACUGCAGUUCUCCACCAAGCUGCGGCAAGCCGAGGACGACAAGAACAGCCUGCAGGAGCAGCUGGAGGAGGAGAUGGAGGCCAAGAGGACGGUGGAGAGACACGUGUCCUCCCUCAACAUCCAGCUCUCAGACGCCAAGAAGAAGAUGGACGAAAUGUCCGGAAACAUCGAGCUGCUGGAGGAAGGGAAGAAGCGUCUGCAGAGGGAUUUAGAGGCGGCCAACACUCAGUUUGAGGAGAAGGCCUCGGCGUACGACAAGCUGGAGAAGACCAAGAACCGGCUGCAGCAGGAGCUGGAGGACACACUGAUGGACCUGGACAACCAGAGGACCGUCGUGUCCAAUCUGGAGAAGAAGCAGAAGAAGUUCGACCAGAUGCUGGCCGAGGAGAAGAGCAUCUCCAGUAAAUAUGCGGAUGAGAGAGACCGUGCAGAAGCCGAGGCCAGAGAGAAGGAGACCAAGGCUCUGUCCCUGGCCAGGGCCCUGGAGGAGGCCCAGGACUCCAGGGAGGAGCUGGAGAGAGCCAACAAGGCCCUGAGAAUAGAGAUGGAGGACCUGAUCAGCUCCAAGGACGACGUGGGGAAAAACGUCCACGAGCUGGAGAAGUCCAAACGGGGCCUGGAGGCCCAGGUGGAGGAGAUGAAAACCCAGCUGGAGGAGCUGGAGGACGAGCUGCAGGCGGCCGAGGACGCCAAGCUGCGUCUGGAGGUCAACAUGCAGGCGCUGAAGGCCCAGUUCGACAGAGACCUCCAGGGGCGCGACGAGAUGGGAGAGGAGAAGAAGAGGCAGCUCAUCAAACAGGUCCGCGAGCUGGAGACGGAGUUGGAGGACGAACGUAAACAGAGGGCCUCUGCCACGGCGGCCAAGAAGAAGCUGGAGACAGACAUCAAGGACCUGGAGGGACAGAUCGAGACGUCCAACAAGGGACGGGAGGAGGCCAUCAAGCAGCUCCGCAAGCUGCAGGCCCAGAUGAAGGACUACCAGAGAGAGCUGGAGGACGCCCACGCUGCCCGGGAGGAGGUGCUGACCACCGCCAAGGAGAGCGAGAAGAAGGCCAAGAGCCUGGAGGCGGAGCUCAUGCAGCUGCAGGAGGAACUGGCUGCAGCCGAGAGGGGGAAGAAGCAGGCGGAGGCCGAACGAGACGAGCUGGCCGACGAGCUGGCCAGCAACUCCUCUGGAAAGUCUGCCCUGGCUGACGAGAAGCGGCGCCUGGAAGCCAGGAUCGCCCAGCUGGAGGAGGAGCUGGAGGAGGAGCAGGGCAGCAUGGAGAUCAUCAACGACCGGCUGAGGAAGAGCACGCAGCAGGUGGAGCAGCUGACCAACGAGCUGCAGAUGGAGCGCACCACCUCCCAGAAGAACGAGAGCGCCCGGCAGCAGAUGGAGCGCCAGAACAAGGAGCUGAAGGCCAAGCUCCAGGAGAUGGAGAACCAGGUCAAGUCCAAGUUCAAGUCCUCCAUCUCCGCCCUGGAGGCCAAAGUGGCGCAGCUGGAGGAACAGCUGGAGCAGGAGAACAGGGACAAGCAGGCGGGAGCCAAGAACUUGCGCCAGAAGGACAAGAAGCUGAAGGAUCUGAUGUUGCAGGUGGAGGAUGAAAGGAAACAGGCGGAGCAGUACAAGGACCAGGCGGAAAAGGCAAACGUUCGCAUGAAGCAGCUGAAGCGGCAGCUGGAGGAGUCGGAGGAGGAGUCUCAGCGCGCCACGGCCGCCCGCAGGAAGCUGCAGCGGGAGCUGGACGAGGCCUCCGAGACCAACGAGGCCAUGAGCCGAGAGGUCACCUCCCUCAAGAACAAACUCAGGCGUGGGAACGAGCCCUCCUUCGGCAGCACGCCCCGGCGCACGGGCGGGGGCCGCAGGGUGGUGGAGGACGCCUCGGAGGAGGAGGCCGACUCCCAGGGCGACUUCAACGGAACCAAGUCGGUGGAGUAAAGGGACGAUGCACAGAAUCCUCGGAACACAGAAUAACCCCAUACGCCCGCUACGCUAUCUAGUCACACACCUCCUCUCGUUUCCAGUCGAGCACCGGCCUUUCUUGUUUCACGGCACCUUUUUUCCCCUCACAGCCAAACGAUCAGGGCUCGUGUGUGAUUUGCUGUUCUUCCUUUUUAUUUCAUUUUAACUGCACUGAAUGUCUUUUUAUUGCGUUUUUUUUUUUUUGUACACAAUAAACAGGUGCCUCUAAUUACCCACACAGAACCUGAAGACUGUAAAUGUGCAGACUUGUCGGUCGUGCCGUUGCCUGUGACUGCUGUUAUCCUCCCUCCACAGCGGCGCUGGAGCGGAUCCAGGCUGGACGAGGUGACGAGAAGUCUCCGCUCUCCAGUCCGCUUCCAGCCAGCGCUGCCGUUUGUACCCCCGAAAAACAGAUAUUUAACUGUACACUGUCUCCUUAACCCACUGUUUUCCAUUUAUUUGCACCGAUUCUGUCCCCAAAUAAGGUUAUUCCAGCUACCCAGACACCACAUCCAGCACCUUCCUUUUAAAUCCUCCCUGUACAUGUUUAAAAGAAAUCUCCACAUCAAACCAGCUCAUUGGAUAAUGUUAUACAUAAUCGACUAAUGUUUACAUGACACCCCUUGUAUCGAUUAACUGUUGAAGCACCUGCACAAGAAAUAAAGAACUU